CAUUUUUUCCAGUUUUAUUUAUUUUUAUUUUCUCUCCCUUUUUUUAUUAUAGUUUUUUAUUUACAAGUUAUAUGAAUGGGUAAUUUUACAGCAUCGACAAUUGCCAAAGCUUUUGUUCCAAUUUUUCCCCUCCUUCAUCCCAUCUUCUCCCCCAGAUGGCAGGGUGACCAAUACAUGUUAAAUAUGCUAAAGCAUAAAUUAAAUAAUUGUAGUUUCAUUGUAAAACUGUCUACUAUUUUUAACUUUCAGGAGGUGUUUGUAAGAAAUACCAUCAUUAAUAAACUUUGUUCCACCUUAAAAAUAAAAAUAAAAAUAAAAAGCCAUGUUCUUAUUCCAAAGCCUGCUAACACCCAAUGGUCUGGUUAUAGAUUGAAGGGACCUGAGAGUCCAACCCCUUCGUUUUUAUAGUGAGGAAAAUGAGGCUGAGAAAAUUUAAGUGGCUGCUCCAAGGUCACAAAGGCAGUUGAGCCAGCCGUCAAAACCAGGUGCUCUGACAGGAAGUAAAUUCAGUCUUCCCCGCUAUCCAGUGACUCUCUGCUGCUUUGGGUCUGAGAGCCUGUUUGGUUCCAGAAGAGCCAGCUAGGGGAAUGGAUAAUGGGGGUCUCUUUCCACCAUUCCCUCCUCUUGCUCCCAGCCCCAACUCUUGUUCCUUUAUCCCUGAUGCUUCCUCCAUCCUUCCCCCACAUGCUGCAAUCCCUACCAGGACCUGGAGCUAAGAAUCUGCCUCUUUUUUUCCUACAGCCUGAAGACUUGGAAGCUCCCACGACCCAUAAUUUCAAAGUAAAGACCUUCAAAAAGGUGAAACCCUGCGGCAUCUGUCGGCAGGUGAUCACUCGAGAGGGGAGCGUCUGUAAAGUCUGCAGCUUCUCCUGUCAUCGGAAAUGCGAGGCCAAGGUGGCUGCCCCCUGCGUUCCUCCUUCUAGCCAUGAACUGGUGCCCAUUAAGACCGAGAGUGUCCCGAAGAAUGUAGUAGACACGGGGGAAGGAGCCUUCCGAGGUGGAAACACACCCAAGAGCCUCGAGCAAGAAGGCUCCACUAAAAUCACCAAGAGCCCCCCUCUCCAGCCCCAGACUGUCAGGAACAUGAGCAUCAGUCAGAACAUGGAGGACAGCUGUGAACUGGACUUGGUGUAUGUGACCGAGAGGAUCAUUUCCGUCUCUUUCCCCAGCACCGCCGAUGAAGAGAACUUCCGAAAUAACAUCCGGGAGGUGGCCCAAAUGCUCAAGUCCAAACACGGGGGCAACUACUUGCUUUUCAACCUGUCUGAGCGGAGACAUGACAUCACGAAGCUCCACUCCAAGGUGCUGGACUUUGGCUGGCCUGACUUACACACUCCUGCCCUGGAGAAGAUCUGCAACGUCUGCAAGGCCAUGGACACGUGGCUCAAUGCCAACCCCCACAAUGUCGUGGUCCUACACAACAAGGGAAACCGAGGCAGGACUGGAGUUGUCAUCGCAGCUUACAUGCACUACAGCAAUAUUUCUGCCAGUGCAGACCAGGCCCUGGAUCGAUUUGCCAUGAAGAGAUUCUAUGAGGAUAAAGUGGUUCCUGUGGGGCAGCCAUCCCAGAAGAGGUAUGUCCAUUACUUCAGUGGGCUGCUCUCUGGUUCCAUCAAAAUGAACAACAAGCCCUUGUUCCUACACCACGUCAUUAUGCACGGCAUUCCCAACUUUGAAUCUAAAGGAGGUUGUCGACCCUUCCUCAGGAUCUACCAGGCCAUGCAACCUGUCUACACUUCUGGAAUCUACAAUGUGCCAGGAGACAGCCAAACCAACAUCUGUAUCACCAUUGAGCCUGGAUUGCUUUUGAAGGGAGACAUCUUGCUGAAAUGUUACCACAAAAAGUUCCGAAGCCCAGCCCGGGAUGUCAUUUUCCGAGUUCAAUUCCAUACCUGUGCCAUCCAUGACCUGGGAGUCGUUUUUGGGAAGGAGGACCUGGAUGAUGCCUUCAAAGAUGAUCGGUUUCCAGAGUAUGGCAAAGUAGAGUUUGUAUUUUCUUAUGGCCCUGAGAAAAUUCAAGGAAUGGAACAUCUGGAGAAUGGGCCAAGUGUGUCUGUGGACUACAACACCUCGGACCCUCUCAUCCGUUGGGACUCCUACGACAAUUUCAACAUGCACCGAGAAGAUAGCAUGGAAGAGGUGGUGGGACACACUCAAGGCCCGCUGGAUGGGAGCCUCUAUGCCAAAGUGAAGAAGAAGGACUCUCUGCACGGCAGCACAGGUGCGGUCAACGCCAUCCGCCCCACCCUCUCAGCCACCCCCAACCACGUAGAGCACACCCUGUCAGUGAGCAGCGAUUCAGGGAACUCCACCGCGUCCACUAAGACCGACAAGACCGAUGAGCCGGGCCCCCCCAAUGCCCCCGUGUCCUUGAGCCCGGAGGAGAAGCGAGAGCUCGAGAGGCUGCUGAGCGGUUUUGGCCUGGAGCGGGAGAAGCAGGGGCCCAUGUACCACAGCCGACACCAUCUCUCCCGCCAGCACGGGGGACCCGCCGCCCCCUCUUCCGGGCGCCACGUGGUCCCCGCCCAGGUCCACGUCAAUGGCGGGACCCUGACAUCUGAGCGGGAGACAGACAUUCUGGACGAUGAGCUGCCCAACCAGGACGGGCACAGCGUGGGCAGUCUGGGCACGCUGUCCUCCCUGGAUGGGGUCACCAACACCAGCGAGGGGGGCUACCCUGAGGCCGUGUCUCCGCUGACCAACGGCCUGGACAAGCCGUACCCAGCCGAGCCGAUGGUGAAUGGCGGCGGCUACCCCUAUGAAGCCCGCGGCCGGGCUCCCCUCGCGCAGAUGGUCCACGGGGCCCCCAUGCGACCCUCGUUCUCCGCCCAGGAAGGCCUCUCCGGGUACCAGCGGGAGAGCCCGAACCUGGGAUGGCAGCAGGCGGUGACUAACCCCCACUACGGCUAUGAUGUCAAUGGGAUGUUCCGCUCCCAGUCCUUUCCAGAAUCGGAGCCUCAGUUGCCCCAGGCUCCAGCCCGCGGUGGGAGUAGUCGAGAAGCGGUACAGCGGGGACUGAAUUCCUGGCAGCAGCAGCAGCAGCAGCAGCAGCAGCACCCUCGCCCACCUCCACGCCAGCAGGAGCGAGCUCACCUAGAGAGCCACUCCCCCCGAAGGCCCAGUCCCCAGCCUCAGGUGGAGGCUUCAGCCUCUGGCCUCCCCGAGUUCCCCAGGGCGGCCUCCCAGAAGGAGAUCGAGCAGUCUAUCGAAGCCCUGAACAUGCUGAUGCUUGACCUGGACCCUGCCUCAUCUGGCUCUCCCCUGCACAAGUCCCAGAGUGUCCCCGGGGCCUGGCCCGGGGCCUCUCCCCUUGCCUCUCAGCCUCCUCCUGGCUUUUCCCAUCAGUCCCAGCCUCUGACCCAGUCAAGAUCUGGCUACAUCUCCAGGGGACAUCUCCAGGGAACACCCGAACCAGUUACCCGCACCUCCUUAGAGUCUGCCUCACCUGGGAGGUCUUACUCUCCCUAUGAUUACCAGCCAUCUUCAGCUGUCUCCAGUUACCAGCCCAGAAGUCCAGCCUCUUCUUCUUCUGCUUUCCCAGCUUCCUCAAGCCCGCCAGGAUCCCGCCAGCCCCCAGCCACUCUCCCUGGUCUCACACCUCAACCUCAGCUCCUCCCAAAGGAGAUGGGCUCAGAUCCAUCCCGGACCCCUGAGGAAGAGCCCUUGAAUCUGGAGGGGCUGGUGGCCCAUAGGGUGGCAGGGGUACAGGCUCGAGAAAAGCAGACAGCAGAGCCUCCUCCCCCGCUCCGGAGACGAGCAGCCAGUGAUGGGCAGUAUGAGAACCAUUCUCCGGAGCCCACUUCCCCUCGGAGUCCCGGGGUGCGCUCCCCCGUCCAGUGUGUCUCCCCGGAGCUGGCCCUCACCAUUGCCCUCAACCCAGGAGGACGGCCCAAAGAGCCCCAUCUGCAUAGCUACAAGGAGGCCUUUGAAGAAAUGGAGGGGGCCGCUCCGGCCAGUCCACCUCCCAGCGGUGUGCGCUCUCCUCCAGGGCUCGCCAAGACACUUUCUGCCCUGGGACUGAAACCCCACAAUCCAGCGGAUAUUCUGCUCCACCCCACAGGAGAACCUAGGAGUUAUGUCGAGUCUGUGGCUCGAACAGCUGUGGCUGGACCCCGAACCCAGGAUGCCGAGCCCAAGAGCCCAACUGUCCUAACUACCCAGACUUACGGUUCCGAGACACCGCUGAGGAAUGGAACUCUGGGCAACUCCUUUGCCCCACCCAGUCCCAUCUCAACCAGCAGUCCCCUCCUUGGCACCGACAGCACGUCCAUGGGGAGUUUCCCAUCAGCAGAGAGCAGUGGCCUGGGCCCCAGGACGCCUCCCCAGCCCGUGGCAGAUGCCAGCUUCCACUCCGGCAGCCUAGGGCCCCCUCCGUCUUCUGCCCAGAGCAGCUACCAGAACACCUCCCCCACCCUGCCCGCCGCCCCCAGCGGCCACCGCAGUCCCGACUACUUCGCCUCGGACGCUCGGCCUCAGUCUCAGUUCUCGGUGGCAGGUGUCCACACCCUGCCUGGGAGCCCCCAGACUCUCCACCGUACGGUGGGGACCAACACUCCUCCUAGUCCAGGCUUUGGCCGGCGGGCGGUCAAUCCCGGCAUGGCGGCCCCUUCUCUUGGUAGCCCAGGCCUGAGCCGCCGCCAGGUCUCGGGUCCCCAUGGCAAUGCCAUGGCCGGCCUCCAUGGCAACGCCAUCGCCAGUCCCCAGAGCAGCGUGGCCGCCUCCCCGGGCAGCCCCAGCCUGGGCCGGCACCCCCUCGGGGCUGUCCACAGCAGUUCAGCCACUACUCCGGGGAGUCCCGGCCUGGGCCGCCACGUGGCAGGCCUGGGAGGGACCGGGCCGGCGGUCCCAGGCAGCCCCAGCAUGGACAGGCACGCGGCCUACGGCGGCUACUCCACCCCCGAGGACAGGAGACCCACUCUGUCCCGGCAGAGCAGCGCCUCCGGCUACCAGGCUCCCUCCACGCCCUCCUUCCCGGUCUCCCCGGCCUACUACCCCGGGAUGGGCAGCCCGACAUCCUCCUCCCCGGAUUCCGCGGCCUUCCGCCAGGGGAGCCCCACCCCCGCCUUGCCCGAGAAGCGGAGAAUGUCGGCGGGAGACCGGGCGGGCAGCCUCCCCAACUACGCCACCGUCAAUGGGAAGGUGUCCUCGUCCCCCAUCUCCAGCGGCAUGUCCAGCCCCAGCGGGGGCAGCAUGGUCUCCUUCUCCCACACCCUUCCCGACUUUUCCAAGUUCUCCAUGCCGGACAAUAGUCCUGAAACCCGGGCUAAUGUUAAGUUUGUCCAGGACACAUCCAAGUAUUGGUACAAACCUGAGAUCUCCAGGGAGCAGGCCAUCACUUUACUUAAGGACCGGGAGCCAGGAGCUUUCAUCAUUCGAGAUAGCCACUCUUUUCGGGGAGCUUAUGGCUUGGCCAUGAAAGUGGCGUCUCCUCCUCCCACCAUCCUUCAGCAGAGUAAGAAAGGAGACAUGACCAAUGAGCUGGUGAGGCAUUUCCUGAUUGAGACUAGCCCCAGAGGGGUGAAGCUAAAAGGAUGCCCAAAUGAGCCAAACUUUGGAUGUCUCUCUGCUCUGGUCUACCAGCACUCUAUCAUCCCAUUGGCUCUCCCCUGCAAGCUGGUCAUUCCAAACCGAGAUCCAACAGAUGAGUCAAAAGAUAGUUCAUCUGCUAAUUCUACCACAGAUCUACUGAAACAAGGGGCAGCCUGCAAUGUGCUUUUUGUCAAUUCUGUUGACAUGGAGUCGCUCACGGGGCCCCAGGCCAUCUCCAAAGCCACAGCUGAGACACUGGCUGCAGACCCCACACCGGCUGCCACUAUUGUCCACUUCAAGGUCUCCGCCCAGGGGAUUACGUUGACGGACAACCAGAGGAAGCUGUUCUUCAGGCGACAUUAUCCCCUCAACACUGUUACCUUCUGUGACUUGGAUCCACAAGAGCGAAAGUGGACGAAGGCAGAGGGGGGUGUGCCCGCUAAGCUUUUUGGUUUUGUGGCCAGGAAGCAAGGCAGCACCACGGACAACGCCUGUCACCUCUUUGCAGAGUUAGAUCCCAACCAACCUGCUGCGGCCAUUGUCAACUUUGUUUCCAAGGUCAUGCUCAGCGCUGGCCAGAAGAGAUGAGCCUGCCAGGGGCCAGGGCAGCCGGGCUUGGGGCACAUGGGGAAGGGGACCCUUGAAUCCAGAAGGAAGGUGUGGGGCCAAUUUUUGGAGAAGGAGAGAGGAAAGUGCAGUGUGGGAAGAGGGAAGUGAAUUCAGAGAGGAAGAGGAGGAGACGAGAGGAAAAAAAUGGAGGGAAGAACAACACAGAGCCUAUUGGGUGAAUGGAAACUUAAAAAAAAAUCCCAACAACCCCAAACUCAAACUACACAACUAACCAAGACCACAUGACUUUUUCCUGUGCCAUUGGAUUUUUCCAUGGGGGGGAGGGGUGCAAAGUAGCAAAUUCCCUCUGGGAUUUUCUUUUAGAACCAUGGAUAAAGUAGAUCCUCAUCUAAUUCAACAACCUUGCAAGGGAAAAAAAAUCCACAAUCUUGUGGACACCUGUGAGGUAUGUUUAUCAAACAAAAUAGGGAAAUUCAAGACUACCAUUUUUUUUUCUUUUUUAAUAAGGAAAAUCCCUUAAGGUAUACUAAGGUCUCUUUGUUCUUCAGUGGCUAUGCAUAUGUAUAAGUACCUGCGUGUAUUAGAUAUAUAACUCCAAAUUCAGCUAUAUUGAUAAUAUGCGCACGAAGUUGUCCUUCCUCCCUAAAGAUGAUGUCUGCCAUCUCCUGGAAUCAUGUGAGACCAGGAAUAUAGCAGGAAGGGGGCCUUUCUCCUUACCCAGAAUCACCUUGGAUUGUGGAUGUCAGCUUGGGACCUCCUUCCAUCCCAGCCAGUCAGCAAUGGCAGCUCUUGGAAGGUUCCUCAUUUUUCUCACACACACAAGCAGGAAGCAGACGUGUGCCCCUUCUGAACACUGCACUAAGGAUCUCUCCCACAAGGCAAUACCCCUGCUUUGCCAUGGCCUCGAGGCUGGGGAACUUUGGUUCAGGGGAGAUGUGCAAACCCCAAACCUUCAGGAGCAUUUGGAGAGAGUCGGGAGAACUGGACGGAGGAGGGGCAGGGGAUGCUGACCCAUGGUCCUCUACAUAUGUGGGGCAAGACAUGUCCCUCCCAUUCUCUCUAGGGCAAAUUGCUGCCCCUGACCUCUCCUACCCCACUCUUUGUGCCUUGUAUCCUAAACCUUUCCCUGGAUUUAGCUCCUUAUACUUGCUCACAAGAGGAUGCCCAUUGGGACCACAGGGAUUUAGCUAUCCUGCCAUAUUGGAAACUAGCUGGACUCUUCUUCAGAAAGGUCUGCCCAAUUCUGCCUUCAGGAAGUUCAAGGGGGAAGACUCAACCCUUGUCCUCCUCUCCACAAGUGCUUUAUGAGUGUUUGGCUUUCUCUGUCACGUGCAGGCUCGACUUCACUGAAAAACAGAUGUCUGUAACCAUUCUGGCCGGGCCAGCCCGUGUUGGCGUCAAGCUUGGUCACAUCUCCAGAUAGACAACUCACCUGCAUGCUUGCUGGGUAGACUGCUUUACAAUGCCAAAGUCCCUCUUUCCCCCUACCUUUUAUCUCCAAAAGAACCAAGCCAUAAGGGGUAGAAGGCAUGAAAGCAAGUCUGGGAAUCCAGGAUCCCUGCUUUGAAAGCCCCAUACUUCCGAAGAAAUCCAAAUCAGAAACAAGAACUCAUUGUUAUCCAGUGCUUUGGCUCCCCAAGCCCACUUGGGUUCCCUAGUGAGCAGCAUUGUACUGACAUAUAAAUAUUCAUAAUAUAUACAUGAGAUAUACUGAUGGAAUACUGUAAGCUAAUCAAGUUUAAGAAAAGGAAAAAAAGGUAAAUUGACAAGAAAUAUUUAUUUUUUUCCAUAUUGCUUUAUUGCCUCCAUAUGGGUAUAUACUGUAUCCCAUUCCUUCCCUAUAUGAGCUCUUGUAUGUAUAACUAAAGCCUGAGAGAUAAGAGACCUUAUAUUUGGAUUAUCCCUGAACCACCUCCCUCCAACCUUGACCUUCACUGUAUUCAGGAGGUAGGGGGUGGGAUAUUUGAGUGGUUCAUCCCAGGUUGUGUAUAUCGGUUCCCUUUAUCACUAGCCCCUUGAGUUUCCCUUUCAGCCCAAGGCUCAACAGCUCCUAGAGCACCCAAGGUGGGAGGAGCUGAACCCAAUGCCAAAGGCCCUUUGCGCGUGUCUGCUUGCGCAGAGGUGGAGGUUUCGAGAUGUGUGUGGAGGAUAUGGAUGCUGUGUCUAUUAGUACUUGUGUAUCUUUUCAUAUUUUUUUCCCUCCAAAAUAUUGUAAGUGCAUGGCAGUGUGGUUUCAGGGAGUUGGAAAUGAGAAUGGUUUUAGAAGGUAGGGAGCAGGGAGCAGGGGUGGUUCACCCUCCCCAUCACCUGCUCCCCAUUGGUAAGACAUGAGUUUUUGUGAUUGAAAUUGCUCAAAAGUCCCCUUCCUUUUGGGAAAUUCAGACUAGAGAUCUGAAUUAUUUUUUACCUUUUCCUUACUUCCCCAUCAACUCUGACCCUGUGCCCCAGUAGAGAAAGAUAUAUAUCUUGCUCUUGGUCAAGAGUUUUCCACCUUCAUUUUUACCACUGCUCAACCUGAAGAAUUCUGGGCUUCUGGUCUGGAUCCUUCAUCACUGCUUCAUAUCAGGUGAAUUGCCAGACCCCCUUAUCACCCAGCUCCAGGACCCCAGGCUGAGAUCUGGGAUCAGCCUUCACAUUCACUUCUCUCUGAUCUUGUGCCCACUGGCUGUCUUAUUUCCUAGUCAUGGCCAUCCCCAGUCUUGCUUAAGGCCAACCCUCAUUGACCCUAUUUUUGAGGGGACUCUGUUUAAAGUUUGAAAGCAGACUGUCCCCUCCUACCACCCAAAACCACUUUAAGAAGAACCAACUUCCUAGAACCUAAUGUUCUAAAUCUGGACACGUUUAGAAGUACUUGGAGUCCCUAAUUUUGACUUUCCGAGAAUCUGAUGAGGGAAGAGAGUUGGGUUCAAAUCUUGGAGUGGGUACCAUCUUGGGUAAGGGGCUGGUAGGGUAAGACCAUGUGGAAUUAGGCGUCAGAGAGUGUAUUUCACAGGUAGGCAUGAACACACACAGAGCACUGCAAUAUAUUCUUGCCAAAGAAUUCCUUUUUAAAAAAGCACUUUUAAUUUUGUUUUGUAAAUGACUAUCUUUCUCAUACCUUCUUCUUCCCUCUGCCAAUCCACUUUGCUGUUGAUUUAUGUUGUAUGUUGUUGAUGUUUGUUUGUCGAUCCCCUUGGGAAUGUUGGAUCAUUCCAUCUUGAAGCCAGGCUGAGAUAGGAGAGGAUAGAUCUGAAAAUCAUGGACAGAGGAGAGAGACUAUCACUUAAGCCUCAGUCAGAGUGAUGACAAUAAAUGAUUUGUCUCUAUUCCCUCCACACACACACUCACACACACACUUGGCCCUCUCCCACCUAGCACCAUUCUGAGUCAGGAUGAAAACUCUCUUAGGUUUCCAAGACAGGAUGAGGAUGUAAUAAGAGUAUCCUCAAGGGAGAGAGGAGAGGUAAAGGAACUCUUCAAAACAAGCUAAGCUCAGUAUAGGAUUUUGGGAGCUUCUUUAGGUGUGGGAUGAGUAGGAAAAAGAAAAUGUGAACUGAUGUUGAGAGAUUAGAUGAAUGGGGAGCAAAUCCAGUUUGACCAGCUUCAGAUGCUUCUCUUCUUCCUGAUCAGGAUCUUUCUAUCACCAUCACAGGGGCCCCGUUCUAUUUUGUUUUCCUUAGCUUGUGUUUUCCUUUUGCAUUGUAAGUGGUAUGUGCAUUGAAAAAAGGCCUCCCCCCGCCACAAAAGAGAGGCCAUAUCUUUUGGAACAAGUCCCUCCAGUUCCACAUGCAACUCUUGAGUGCUUCCUUUGGGUGGACAGAAAAAAAAUUGUGGGGAAUAGGCCAUGUCUAACCAUCAUUGAAGGUGGAAUUUCUGGGUAAGUUAGAGUCUCAGACAGGAGAGGAGGGUAGAGGUGUACGUGUGUAUGUUAUGUAUGUGUGUGAGAGAAGCCCAUCAGAGGAAAAAAGUGAGUAGAAGGCUCCCAGGAAAAGUUGAGUGUAGGAAAUUCCAGUCACUUUGAUCUGACUGGGACUGGACUGAGAGGUCCAUUCCCCUUCAUUGGCCCAAAGGAAGCACUGGCGUGUGAGAAGAAUCUGGUCUAGAUUGCCCUUUCAAGGAUCAUUUCUCUGUCCGUCCUAGUCUAGACCUCUUCUCUGCAUUGCCUCCCCCUUCAGCAACACUAGAUAAGGUGUCUUUCAGCCCUGGUACAUCCAGGCGGAAGCCCUUUAUCUGCUAAGACUCUGGAGUUUCCUUGCACAACAUAGAAAAGGUGGGUGUGAGUAUACAUGUGUAUGUGGGUGUGUAUGUGUAUGUGUGCAUCUGUGUAUGGGAGGACGUGUGUAUGGGGAUGGGUAAUCGUUGCAAGAGGCAGUGGAAAGUCUGGUACGAAAUCACCUUCAGGCAAAAGGAAUCGGGAGGUGAGAUCCAGAGGGUCACCCAGCUGGCUUCAGGCUCAGUCUUGGUUUUGUUUGAUUGAUGGAGAAAAUCAUUAGUCAGAAUGAGGGUUGUUCUGUUCCUCCCCAAGUCCCGUUUCCUAGUGUCUGGGAAAUGCAGGAAAGCUUUCUUUUCUUCCCAUUCCUGUGCUGUUCUAGCAGCCUGAAUCUCAUUGGGAGAGUGUUCCAAAUUAAUUUUCUAAUCAGUGUUAAGAAGUUUGAAACCUGUGUGUGUGUGUAUGUAUAUGUUAGUGUAUAAGUGCACAGAUGUUUAAUGUCUUUUUAUGUUUCCCCCUCCUCCUGUUUCAAAUCUUAUUGAAAGCAAAUGUAAGAAAUCCCUCCCCCCACUAGCCCUCCCUCAGAAAAAAUAUAAUAACCCUCUCCUUUUCAAUCCACCCCAGCUAUGUAUUUAUAUAGAUGGAAAUAUACUUUAUAUUUUGUAUCAUUGUGCCCAUAACUUUUGCCACCUUGUAUAAAAUCUGACUUAUGUUACUCAUCCCGGGUAUGAAUGUAUUGUACACUGAUGCUCUCCUCCCACUCUGUACAGCGGCCUUUGUUUCUUUGCGACCCAUUGUAUGGCUUUAUAAAUGAUAAAGUUUAAAAAAAAUCCAA